AUAUAUGCAAAUGCCCCAAUAUCUUCUUUUCCACCUUCUCUUAUAUUGGUUUCUUUUUAUGUAUUUGAAGAAGCUCUGCAGGACCAAAGAGUGGCCCUAGCCGCAGCUUUGGAUUCCACAGUAGGUGAAUCGUCUCCCUCUGCGGGCAAUCUUCCCAAUGGAAAGGCUGAAGACAUUUAUGAACCUGUUCCCCUUGGCAUCAAUAUUCAAACCAUUGAUGGCGCAUCUGGAUCUGGAGAGAACAAUUCCUGCACGCAGUUGGAUUUCCACGUGCAUACAGUUGAAACAGUGAAGAAUAUGGAAGAACUCCAAUUCAUCCCCAGCUUUGCUAAUGCAUCACCAUUACACAAGAACCAAGAAGAUGAUAACGAAGAGAAGUGUCUUUCUGCACUUAGGAACUCAUCUGACGAAGAUUUCUCAGUUUCCUUGCAUUUGGGGGAUCGUGAACCUCGAAGACCGAGAUCAGAUCCAACCUCUGCUAUGGAUUCAGCUAGUUGUGGGUAUGCGGCUGUUUGUGGGCAUCAGCAUUGACAUUUUGAAGAGGGUACCCUAUAUACACCCUAUAUAAACUUACGAAUAUCCCCUCAAAAUUCCGUCAUAUUAUGAAUAUCAGAUUUUUUUUCUGAAAAGAUAUUGAGGACUUAACAUAGCUAAACUAAUAUCUAUUUCUCCAUGUUACAAGAGUCGUGCUUUAAUGAUAUAACUAACGAAGGGCAUGAUCUACAGGAGGCUUUGAUUUCUGCAUGCUGCUUCGGUUUUCAAAACUUGUAAUAUUCAGGUUGUAACGGAGAUAACUUAAUGUUUGCUGCAGAUCAGCAUUCUUGUUUAAUGGAAAUAGGAAAUUAUCAAGGGUUAAUGCUGUUUAUAGCUCUCAUUGGUUUGAUUUUUUCUAUCAUUGUCAAGUGAGAUUCAGGAUUAAAGAGUC